CUUUAAAAUUGUCGUGAUGGAAUUGUUAAACGCUGUGAUUCUGGGACUGGCCGCUUUUAGCCUGACAUUCCAGGACGUAAAUGCGAGUUGUCAACUUACAUUUGAGUCACCUAAACCGCAUAUCGUAACACAUUUUGGAUCGAAGCAUUUGGUCAGCGAGAGUGCAUCGAUAUUAAUACGAGAUAAAUAUGAAACAGUUGAUCUAUAUUGUGCCAAUGGAUUCAACACACAUAGCAACUAUGGAGCUUACGAACAUAAAAACCACCACGUUAAAUUGACUUGUGACUCACCCGAAUUUUUUUUCGAAAACGAAGGAACUGAUCGAAUGAACAUUCACGAAUUGCAUUGCUUGGGCAGCCAAGUGUCAAACAUGUAUGAGAGCCGCCUGUCUAUGCCGGACUGCAAUGGAUACAUGAGUCUCGUUGUUGGCCAGGACUUUGGAACGCUCGGCUCACUGAAAACGGCUGCCAUAUGCUAUGACAUUAUUAAGCAACAGUUAAAGUAUGUCAGCUACACUGCAUAUCCACCCAAAAUAAGGGUGCUUGAAAAGACUCAGGCUGGCCAACUAAACGAAUUGGGUCUAGACAUUAAUGUGGCUUACAGUAAAAGUCUCUUCAAGCCGUUCAGUGAGUCGACCAUCAACGAGGCAUUCAGCAAGGACAAGCAACUGAAGGCGCUUUUUGGUGAGGAAACCUUUGAGUAUACCAACCUGAUACAGGACGAGGCCUUUACCAAGGAUAUAUCAGCGUUUAAGGAAAUGCUAAGCAUUGUCUGGCUGCGCGCCCUUCGCACCGGAAACUGGCGGCAUCUGCUUAACGCUCUACAGACAGCUAGCAUCAAUGCCAAGUAUGAUGUCCGCGUUGGUGUCUCUGGUGUCGUUGGCCUGCCAAUGCUGCAAUCCUGCAAUGAGAGUCGCACACUGACCAUCGAACUGGACUCGGGAGAUACUCUCUCCGUGCCGGCUCACAUCUGGGCACAUGUGCGUGCGUUGGAGCCAACGGUGAACGGCACAGAUGAGUUUGUAGUAGUGGCCCACAAUUCCCCCUUUUUCACUAGCAAUGAGCGGGAGGGCCUGUGCAAGAGCAUGUGCCAAGAGGUGCCAUGGCUGAAGAACAGCCUCUUUAGCAAACUUCAGCACUAUCCCGUCUAUGGUCUGGUCCAGUGUUGUCGCGUUGAGGAUGUUCGGGACAAAUUAGAUAAUUUCCCGAAGCUUAUCGAACCUACGGAGGAAUGGAAGGCCUAUACCGAGCCUAAGGCCAACGAAGACAUCGAAGAUUAGGUUGGUAAGGGCGAGUAUAUAGACGCGUGCUGAUAAUUUAAGUGGCUUUGUAUAUUUGCCUGAAGUUGUCACGAAUUACACAAACAACCUC